UAAUUCCCGGCCUGUUCCAAUCAGCCUCUUGCAGCAGCCACCGCCUCUAUCACGUGAUAUCGCACUCGCCGCUGACAAAGGAGGAGCACCCGCAAGGAACAGUCCAGAAGGCAAGAUGAAAGUCUUGCUGGCCUCAUCCCCUCGCAACUUCGCUGAUGCAGACGGUUGUUCCCUGCAGCAUCGGCAGUAACUCGAUUUUUUAGUUCCGGCGGCAUCGUUUGCCCCGGAUGUAUUCGUCAAUGCACCAAGGCAGGUUCCUUCGGUCUGUAGCACGACCCUGCCGUUUCAUCGCGCAUCGCCGCUAUCCCGCCGCGGUUGUCUCGCAUUCGCGUCAGUUCCAUCUCUCCCGAGCAUGGCUAUCAUCAACACCUUCCGAUCCCCAUAACUCGAGAGAUUCAACUACGGAGAACGCCCCUGGCGACAUCCCUCCCCUCAAUGCCGAACCCACACUAGCAGGCCGUGAGGCUUCCGUCGCAACACCGUCGGCAGAUCGAACUGCGAAAAAGGACUCGGGCCCCUACGGUUCAGCGGUUCGCAGAGCACUAAGAAAUAGACGGGCAACAAAGGAGUGGACGGCUCCCGUCGCGACUGUUCCCGACUGGUUUUACGAGCGGAACACGGUUGUCAAUGAUGCAAACAGAAACGGUGACUCCGGGUUACUACAACAAGUGGAGAUACGAUCGUCAGAAGCUGAACCUGAGAAGGAGGCAACUGAACAGCUGGGUCGUGGUGGUAGUGGAGAAGAACCGCCUUCGUCUGAGGGCUCUGAUGCUCCGGAGAAUCGGUAUGCCUUGACUGAUGCGUUAUGGGAAGAGCUUUGCGCAUCUGCCAGGGCAGGGUUGCGGCUGCCGCCGACCAAGUACGCUCAAGAGCCCUCCGCACGAAAGUCACACCUUGUCCUUCAGUAUCCAGGCACCGAUGGCAUUCUAUUCUUAGACGCGGUGGUCAAGAGGGUAGCCCAGGAGUUGGGCGCGGAUUUGGUCACACUAAAUGCGCAGGACAUUGCCCAGUUGUGCAGUGAACAGGACUUGGCGGACGUCGGCACAACAACGCCCAUCAGAUCACUUGGCUACGAAGUAUACCGGCCUUCUAUUUCGGACACCUGGCAAGACGAUGGCAUGCACGAUGGGGAUGCCGAUGACUUCGUCAUUGACUCGCCGCGCAAUAUCCGGCCAGGUCUCCGGGGCCCCAAAUUCAUCACCAUUGAAAGUGCUCGCGACUCUGGCGAUAUCCCACUUCCCAACUUCAUGGGACUGAAGUCCUUGGUGGCCUCGUUCAAUGCCCCGGUCGACAAUGCAGGUGGCUCUUCAUCGCAGAGCCCUGCUAACCGAGCGGAGGACAGGCGACUUCGGCUUGUGCGUGAGCUUCUUUCCUCAUCUAGCAAGCCAUCGAAACAGCUGUCGCCAGCGGUGGCGGCAGGUGGAGAGUCCGCUGCCCCCGGAGGCUCGGAAGGUCGCAUCCCUAGCCCAGAGCGCGAUGUUAUAGUUCAGAUUCAAGAUUAUGGAGACAUUCAGGCCACUCGGGAGGGCUCCAAGUUCAUUACUGUCUUACAGAAAGCUAUAGAGGAGAAGAGACAGGCCGGCUCUAGGGUCCUAUUCAUCGGCACCUCGGCACAAGAAGCUACACCUGAAUCGGAUGCUGCAAAGCUCAUGCACAACGCCUUCGAUGACCAAUUCUCCCAAAUGCUGGUCAUUACACCCGCCAUGAACUCGGAAGCGGCCGAACGCACAUUUACGGAGGAUCGAAGGAAGCGAACACUCGACAUCAACAUCCGCCACAUCCAGGAUCUGCUUCGGACGCGGCUCACCGAACAGCCCUCGGCGCUCAAAGACGAUGUUUUCCGCGACCGAGCCUGGCCCUUGCAUUCAUCACUCGUGAAGGAAAGCGGCCUUGAUGAGCGGUAUUGGCCAUACAGCCAGGUUCACUGGGCCACAACCCUUGCGCUCGGCUCUCUGAGAACGGAUGGGGCUUUCGGUUAUGACGACAUUCGGCGGGGAAUCGAGAUGAUGCAGAAGACGCAGCGUAUCAAGAACGACUGGUUGCAGGAGAAAAUGCCCAAAGCGAGAGCCAGCGAGACCGGGAAUGACCGGGAGCGCUUGCUGAGCUCCUUACGGAAAACAUGCAACACCCACGAGAAGAAGCUCUUGACUGGGGUGGUGGAUGCGAAAAGCAUCCGUACUACCUUCGCUGAUGUUCAUGUCCCACCCGAAACCAUCGACGCAUUGAAGACCCUGACCUCUCUUUCUCUCAUCCGUCCCGAGGCGUUCACGUACGGUGUGCUGGCUACGGACAAGAUCCCUGGCCUGUUGCUUUACGGGCCACCCGGUACUGGUAAGACUCUCCUGGCAAAGGCUGUGGCCCGUGAAAGCGGCGCCACUGUGCUGGAGGUCAGCGGGUCGGAGGUCUACGACAUGUACGUCGGCGAGGGGGAGAAGAACGUCAAGGCCAUCUUCACGCUAGCCAAGAAGCUAAGCCCAUGUGUGGUGUUCAUCGACGAGGCCGAUGCUAUCUUUUGUUCACGCACGGGAGCCAGCAGCCGGACAUCUCACCGUGAGCUUAUCAACCAAUUUUUGCGGGAGUGGGACGGCAUGAACGAUAUGUCGGCCUUCAUUAUGGUUGCCACAAACCGGCCGUUUGAUCUCGACGAUGCGGUUCUCCGGCGCCUCCCUAGGAGACUGCUUGUGGACCUUCCUACUGAGCAGGAUCGCCUGGCCAUUCUGAAGAUCCAUCUGAAAGAAGAGACCCUGGACAGCUCUGUCGAUUUGGCGGAACUGGCUCGUCGCACGCCUCUGUAUUCUGGUUCGGACCUUAAGAACCUUUCUGUAGCAGCCGCUUUGGCAUGCGUGCGGGAAGAGAACGACCUGGCCGCACAGCACCAAGGCGAGGAGCCGUACCAGUAUCCUGCGCGACGCACCUUGACGUGGAAGCACUUCGAGCGUGGCAUGGAAGAGAUCAGCGCAUCCAUUAGCGAGGACAUGUCGUCGCUCUCCGCGAUCCGCAAGUUCGACGAACAGUACGGCGACCGCAAGGGCCGACGCAAGAAGAGUCCCGGCUGGGGCUUCAUCACGGCCGGUAAGGAUGAUUCUGCAGCUGCUGUGGAUGCGGCGCGCGUCCGGACCUGAACCAGCCGGUUGGGGUUGUGCCAAGGGAAUCAAUGGAAUUGGAUAGGUUGGGUGUUAGCCACAUAGAUCAACUGAAUUAAUCAUCCUCGCGUUUGUAGGGCAGGACCGGAUCGGGAUGGGUUGGAAAGGCAGGCGAGGACGGGACUUGUAUACUACUCAUUAGCGACACGAACCUGAAUGUAUCAAUAUAGCAGACGAUACCAAUACCAAGAUCAUCG